CUCAGCUGUGCUUGAGUGCAUUGUCUUAUCAAACGAACAGAGGACAUAGUGGAGCUAGAUGAACGUGUGACGGUGCUGACCGCCUAGCUCUCUUUUUCAAAGUCGUCCUAAAACCUAAACACUUAAAGGAGAUUGGCGCCAGCUUGCAUCACUGACUUCCUUCCUUCGUUGCUGACUUGUCCACGAGCUCCAGUGUUGCUAGAUGCAGCUAGAUAGAUGGUGGCAGGCAGGUUGAAGUCAAUAACAAAAAGAAAGGUUUAUGUCUGUGUGAACUCUUGCUGUGGCCACGGCGCACAUUAGGGAGGAGGAAAGCUGAUCAGGCAGCUGCCAAAAGGUUUCACACAGUUUUCCGUUCUCCUGGCCUGUAAGACAAGGCUGUUCUCCAUUUUGUGGCAAGAUGGCCAGCAAGAAGGGCAAGCCUGUUCCUCUGGCUGAGGCGUCCAAGAAAGGCAGCAAGAAAGAGCCGCCACCGCCGAGCCCCAGAACUCUAGCUGCGCUGGAGGAGAAGGCCGCACUCGAACGAGCGGAGCGGGAUGGCGCAGUGCAAGAGUUCCUCACGGAUGUUUUGGAUAAAGUGGAUGCGAUCGAGGAGGAAAAGGAGAUCCAGCGAAUGUUGAUACCGUACGCGGUUGAUAGGGUCUUGGACGAGGCCAUGAAAGCUCUAGAGCUCAUCAAUGUGCCAAGACCUCCCAAGUGGCGCGAGGCAAGCAUCGGGAACUGGGCUGAAGAUGAAGAACCAGAGGUCCCGGUGAUUGACACUUGGGCUCGGGGUGCAAUUCCAAUCAAGAGGCGGCCCCCGCCAGCAGUGUCAGAGAUCCGAAGCCCUACUGUCACCUCCCCGAGUGGACUCGGCCGAACCAACGGGAAAGGGUUCGGCGCACUCCGGUCCAGUCGCUCGCCUUCUCGACGAGUUAGCAUAAAUGGGAGCGUGAAAGGGGAGGGCCGGGCAGAGUCAGUCAUGAGUACUAGCAAAAUCAACACGUCGGCCAUGAAGCGCCUGGUCGACCUGUCCAGCCGCGCGCCGCUCCCGACUCUUCCGGUCGCCCCCCCUCCCCUCCCCAAGCUGAUGCAAGAAAUCCACGCGCGCAAAAAGGAGCUCGCGAGCCACGACGCCGAAGAGGAGCAGCGGUUGAGGGAGGAGAUUGCGAUCCGGCAGGCGAAGGAGAAACUGCGCAAGGAGCGCGCGGAUCGCGACGCGGCCGACGUGGCGCGGCUGGCGGAGGUGCAAAAGGGUCUGCGCGCGCAGAAUUACGGUUACAGCCACAGCGGGGAGCUGGUGGUCCUCCAAAACGUCGACGUCGAGCGGCUGCCGGCGCCGACGGUCGGGCCCAAGGUCGCCAUAGCCGAUGCGGCCCCUUUGGACGGAAAGCAGGCACGCAUGCGGAGCAGCAGCCGCAGCCUGAGCCGUCAGACGACGUCAGUCGCACCGUCUCCCGCGCCCGUGCUCACAAAAGUGCCCACAACAAAGAGCGUAAAAUCUGUCGAGGAUGCAGGGAAGGCUAGCGGGAAAUCCGGGGCGCCUGACUUCAUUCCUGCGGCGCAGACAGGGCUUGCGCGGACCGGGGUCCUUGUCGAUUCGAUAAAACUGUCGUCUGGGGUGACGUUGAAAGUGGGCGCGAACGUGCGGUCGGGGGGAGUUGUGCAGCACGAUAAUGGGCACGUGUCCAGGAAAGAGUAUCUGACAAUGAAAGAGACGGGAGAUGCACAGAAAGCGCCUACUAGCGAUCGGAGACGGGAGAGGCGCGUAACAAAUCUCGUUUUACCGGUCAUCGAGAAGCCGAAGAGCCGAUGAGGGCCGUACGAAAGCUCAAGCCUGGUUUGUUACCAAUGCGUGUACAGUAGCACCUGACGCCUUUAAUCAUUCUUAGUACCUGACUGCGCUCCGGGUCUCCCUCUUGAACAGAAUGAAAAACUUUGCCUUCUGAAAGGAGGACCAGAGAAGAGAUUAG